AUGGUGAACCCAAAUGAAAGACUUUGUGGCACAGACCUCUUCCGCGGCAAGGGUGGACUCCGGUUCCCCGCGCUGCUCCGCCAUCUGCAGUCGCUGUUGAAAGCUGCCAACGCCACGGCGGUUCCCGCCGCCAACCUGCCGUGGGACCCGCGCGCCGAUCCGCGCUUCUGGGACCACACCUGGACCAACUUCGGUGACUACAGCGUGCUGCGCAACGCGGCCGACCACAGCGCUGCCUUCAGCGCUGCCAACAGGGCUGCCACCCGCGCUGCAUCCAGUACUGCAACCGCCACCGCUACCGCCGACGAGGGCACCGUCGACGCCGACCAAUCUUCUGCCGCCCUUCGCAGCCACGAGUGUUUCGUGACAACGUCACCACUCAGAGUUUCGCAACACCCUCUUAUCGACCGAAUGCGUCAAAGAGACUGGCGUACAAAGUGCGAUGUUAAGGGUUGUCAUAAAAAAACAUAA